AUGCCCAACACCAAGACGGUCCACGUCCCUCACCUGGGCGGCAUCGACGCCGCGUACCAGAUGCCCUACCCCUACGACGCGUCUAAGCCGACGUUGAUCCUCGUCAACAGCUUCACCACCUCGUCCGAGCUGUACCAGAAGCAGUACGCCAACAAAGAACUCACGGACAAGAUGAACCUCUUGGCCAUCGAGCUGCUCGGCCACGGGCAGACGCGGACCAAGUCGGAGAAUUUCACAUACUGGGACACGGCCAUCAUGAACAUCCAGGUCAUGGACGCGCUGGGCAUCAAGAAGGCCUUUGUCCUGGGCACGAGCCAGGGUGGAUGGAUCACGGUGCGGAUGGCGCUGUUGGCUCCUGAAAAGAUCCAAGGUAUCAUCCCCCUCGGCACCUCGCUGGACUACGAGUCCGAACGCACCCGCAAACUCGGCUGCUGGGACGGCGUGGCCGCUUGCACGGGCCCCAUCGACAAAUGGACGAGCAAGACCCCGACGCCCGACUUCAAACCCGACCUCGAAUACUGCGAUUUCCUGAUCGACAUCGGCUUCGGCAAGGGCUGCACCCAGGAGAUGCGCGAGUUCUGGCGCAAGACCAUCCAGGCCAACUACCAGGGCGACGACGGCCGACGACGGGCGAGGAUGGCGGCUAUCAAUCUGCGCGAGCGCGACGGCCUGCACGGUCGACUGUUUGACGUCAAGUGUCCGGUUAUGUGGUUACAUGUACGGCCCUUCCCCCAUCCCUCUCCCAGUUUCUCCUUCAUGUGUAUUUACGACCUCGUCUACAGCGUCGCCAACGCGAAGGAGGAAAUCAAGCUCCUCACCAACUCGCCGUCGGCCGAGCUGAUCGUGGUUCCCGGCGGGGCGCACUUCUUGUCAGCAUCGCACCCGAAGGAGGUGGAUAGUGCCCUCAUCGCCUUUGUGGGCAACGCAACAGUCAUGCACGCCGCUGCUCCAGCGGCAGCAGUCAAGACUCAUGUCAUCGGCGCGGCUGGUGCUAAUGCGGCCAGUGACCACGAUAUGCUCCGCUUUUAA